UUGCAAAAAACGCGGCAGCAAUUGGGCUGCCUCUCGCCGAGAAAACGGCCAAAAACCAUGCAAAAAGCCAUACGAUCGACUUUUUUGGCGCCGUUGCGAGCCGAUCGGGCCACCGCAGCGUCGGACAUCGUUCAACAUGUGGCCGCGGACGAUUUAAGACACUUUGAGGCAACUCGGGCCCAUGGGAUGCCAGUCUAUGUGUGGUCCGCGUUUCUCGCCGGGACGCGGUUUCGGGCGAAAAUCGCGCCGUGGGUCGCGAGAUUUGGCAGGGACCUUCCCAGCCACCACGGCGUGCACGCGCGGGGGUUUGGGGGCUGUAUCGAGGCCGCGGGGCCUCAAAAAGACGUAUCGGGCAGCCCCUUGGGCUGAGAAGCGAUUUUUGUCAAUAUGGCAUACUAACUGCUGCAAAUUGGCUUAAUCGACGCGUCUCGAUUGCGCCGUCCGAUUAAGCCACUUUGAGGCAGUUUGUUUGCCAUAUUGACUGAGAUAGCAGCGCGAAUUGCCUCGUUUGCGACCCCUAAA